UUUAAAAAAACAAGGAGUAUAUAAGAAAAAAUUGAAUCCGAGUCCGACUUGCACAACCAAUUUGACAGCUCUAUUCCGACGAUAACAGACUUGAGUGCUUAACAAGAAUCACAUGUUAUAAGAGAAAAGGAGCACGAGAUCACACGCUCUAACAGUCUCGCACACAAUUAAAACACCCGCCUACUUUUCAUAUUCCUACGCCGUCGAAAUUCAUUUUCUGGAAUUAACAUUAAAUUCAACUCUCCAAACUUCAUCACAUUUCACCAGAAUUUCUUCAACGAAGAACCCUAAUUCUUCAUUUCCCCCAAAUUCAACCUCAUAAUCUCAGCAUUCUUGAACAAUUUCUGCUAGUUCUCUCUCCUCCUCUGCCAUGGCUGCAUUUCGUAGGCUUCUUCCUUCCCGCUCAUUUGGUGUCUUUGCUCGGACUUGCAGUUCUUGGACUUCUUCUGCUUCUUCUACUGAAGGAAUUGAAGGGAGUUUGCGGCAUUUCAGUGACCAGAAAGUGUUGAGAAUCAAAGACGGGGUAGUGGAGGAUGAAGUUGAGAGAAUUCGGAGUGAUUUAGAGAUUGCCAAGCAGUGUUUCCUUACAAUUCCACAGACUCUUAAGUCUAUGCCUAAGAUGAAUCCUGAGGGGAUAUAUGUGAACAAGAACUUGCGAUUGGACAACGUUCAAGUUUAUGGGUUUGACUAUGAUUACACAUUAGCACAUUACUCUGCUCAUCUACAAGCUUUGAUUUAUGACCUUGCCAAGGAGCAUUUAGUCAAUGAGCUUAGGUAUCCAGAAAGUUGCUUGAAGUUCAAAUAUGACCAUAGCUUCCCUAUUAGAGGUUUGUACUAUGACAAGUUAAAAGGGUGUCUCUUGAAGUUGGAUUUUUUCGGAUCAAUUGAGCCUGAUGGAUGCUUCUUUGGUCGUCGUAAGCUAAGGCGGGAGGAGAUAAUAGAGAUGUAUGGAACAAGACAUAUUGGUCGCCAUCAAGCCCGGGGGCUUGUUAGUUUGAUGGAUUUUUUCUGCUUUAGUGAGGCAUGCUUGAUCGCUGACAUCGUGCAACAUUUUGUCGAUGAAAAACUGGAGUUUGAUGCUUCGUAUGUCUAUCAUGAUAUCAAUCAUGCAAUUCAGCAUGUUCAUAGAAGUGGAGUAGCUCAUAAGGCAAUCAUUGCUGAUCCUGAGAGAUAUCUUGUAAAAAAUGAUCAGUUGUAUUGCUUUUUGAAGAUGCUAAGAGACAAAGGAAAGAAAAUGUUCUUGCUGACUAAUUCACCCUAUUAUUUUGUUGAUGGCGGUUUGCGCUUUCUUUUGGAGGAUUCCCUGGGCUGUGGUGACUCUUGGAGAGAUCUAUUUGAUGUAGUCAUUGCUAAAGCCAAUAAGCCAGACUUUUAUACGUCAGAGCGACCAUUCCGAUGCUAUGACACGAGCAAGGAUACGUUGGCAUUCUCUAAGGUGGAUGCUUUUCUUCCCAAUAAAAUAUAUUACCAUGGAUGUCUGAAAUCCUUUCUCAAAAUUACAAAGUGGCACGGGCCAGAGGUCAUAUACUUUGGUGACCAUUUGUUUAGCGAUCUUAGAGGGCCUUCAAAGGCAGGGUGGCGUACUGCUGCUAUCAUUCAUGAAUUGGAAAAUGAAAUACGUAUCCAGAAUGAGGAAUCUUAUCGUUUUGAGCAGGCGAGAUUUCACAUUAUCCAAGAGCUCCUAGGUAGAUUGCAUGCAACUGUUGUAGAUUCACAAAAAAGUGAAACAUACAGGUCACUCAUGAAAGAGCUCAAUGAGGAGAGGCAAACAGCACGCUGCACCAUGAAAAACAUGUUCAACAAGGCUUUUGGGGCCACUUUCCUCACUGAUACUGGUCAAGAAUCCUCCUUUGCCUAUCACAUCCAUCAGUAUGCAGAUGUUUACACCAGUAAGCCAGAAAAUUUCCUGUUCUAUCCACCUGAAGCAUGGCUUCAUGUGCCUUUUGAUGUCAAGAUCAUGCCACAUCAUGUGAAGGUUCCUUCAAGCUUGUUCAAGACAUAGGAGACAUUCGUUUUAAUCAUUUAGGAUUGUUAUAAUUUUGGACUCAAAUUUUGAUCCUGUGAGUAAAGUCUGCGUGCUCACUGCAAAUGAUUUUUUUUGCUUAUACAAAAUACAGUUUAGGCAAAUGUUGUAAAGUUUGAAAUACAGUUUAGGCAAAUGUUGUAAAGUUCGUAAAUACAGUUUUUGCUUAUUCCAUAACAUGUAGAUUAUGGAAAAUCUUAUACACAACCCAAGGUUGAUAGAUGAGAAAAAGAAUAUAGAAACAAUAAUCAUUUGUAAACAUCAUUAUUUUUUACCAAUGUAUUGCCUUUAACAAUUUCUUUCCAUGUAAUACUCCAUAUGUUGGAUAAUGUUUAUAUUUCUCCAAUGUAUUUCGUGACAUUUACUUUGCA